CGGAUUUGUGUCUUCUUAUUUCUGUGCUGGUGGGUAUGGCGGCUCCCGGUCCUGUGAGUCCAGAGGCGCCUUUUGAUCCGUCCAAGGCCCCAGUUAUCGAGGGCUUCAACCCCACGGUCUACACCAACCCAGAGGGCUUCAAGGAAAAGUUUAUUCGCAAGACCCGUGAGAACCCAAUGGUGCCUAUAGGCUGUCUGGGGACGGCGGCUGCCCUCACCUAUGGCCUUUACUGCUUCCACCGCGGCCAGAGCCACCGAUCCCAACUCAUGAUGCGCACCCGGAUCGCUGCACAGGGUUUCACGGUCGUAGCCAUCUUGUUGGGGUUAGCGGCAUCCGCUAUGAAGUCUCGAGCCUGAGUGUGCGGCCGGGUCUUGAAAGCUCCGUGGAAAUCAUUACAAAACCCAAGAACAACCCUGUCAGACUUGCUCCCUCCGUUUCAGACAGGGCCUAUUGUCAUUUGGGGAAGAAGUGGCCGAUUUUGUGACUCAUUUGCGCCUCCACCGCUCCCCCCCCCCCAAUCCCAGAUUCGUUUCAGUUGGGUUGCAUGCUUCUAUUUGUGAUGCGUCCCCUUAAUUACUUAAUAAAAGCUUAUUAUACUUGUA